AUGCGAUCAUUCAAAUUCUGGUCUUUUCUCGGGCUGCUGAGUACUGAAAUAAACUCAGUCAGCGCUGCUCCUGGCUCAGGUGCGAAACUGGACCGGGGUGAACACAGCGAAGGAAUCCACAGUCCUAGUUUCUGGUCUGGCGACCCAAAGACCCAUGCUUAUACCUGGGAAUCGGAACGGACAUCCUUUUCGCCCUCGACUAGGGUUUGGUAUACGGACACCACGGUCACGCACGCGACUACAAUUUGUCCCCCAUCGCCUGGAAACAGCACAGUAAUCGCCUCUGAUGUUUCGACAAUCUCCUGGAAACUUACAAGCACGACGACCUACUCAACAACUUUGACCUAUGAGCAGUCAUCUAUCACAACAUCUCCCCCUCCUAAUCCGUGUCCAACAUCAUGCAAAGUCUCGGCUGGCACGGUCAAUUUGUUCUACUGGCCAACGAAUCAGCCAUACGACUACCCAACAACAUACUUCGAUGAGCACCUCGAUUAUACCUUGUAA